UGAGGGCAGCAUCAGCUCAAGCCUCAACACAAUACGUCACUCAACCACAGUACUACUUAGCCCACUUGCAUCACGAACUGAGCGUCAUCAAUGGAGCUCCCCCAAUGGGCGUCCUUCCUUGGCGUGGUGCUGGCCACGGUGGUCUUCCUCAAGGCCGUCCUCCGGCGCCGCGGCGGCAGCCCAAAACGCACGUACAACCUCCCGCCGGGCCCGAAGCCGUGGCCCAUCAUCGGCAACCUGAACCUGAUCGGCACGCUCCCGCACCGCUCCAUCCACGCGCUGUCCAAGCAGUACGGCCCGCUGAUGCAGCUCCAGUUCGGGUCCUUCCCCGUCGUGGUGGGCUCCUCCGUGGACAUGGCCAAGUUCUUCCUCAAGACCCACGACGUGGUCUUCACGGACCGGCCCAAGACCGCCGCCGGCAAGCACACCACCUACGACUACAGCGACAUCACCUGGUCCCCCUACGGCGCCUACUGGCGCCAGGCCCGGAAGAUCUGCCUCACCGAGCUCUUCAGCGCCAAGCGGCUCGAGUCCUACGAGUACAUCCGCGGCGAGGAAGUGCUGGCGCUCCUCCGCGACCUCCACGGGGCGUCCGGGCGCGUCGUGGUGCUCAAGGACUUCUUGUCCACGGUGAGCCUGAACGUGAUCACACGCAUGGUGAUGGGGAAGAAGUACCUGGAGAAGGAGGUGAAGGACGAGGCCGGGGCCGUGAUCACGACGCCCGACGAGUUCAAGUGGAUGCUCGACGAGCUCUUCCUGCUCAACGGCGUGCUCAACAUCGGCGACUCCAUCCCGUGGCUCGACUGGAUGGACCUCCAGGGGUACAUUAAGAGGAUGAAGAAGCUGAGCAAGAUGUUCGACCGGUUCCUGGAGCAUGUGGUCGACGAGCACAGCGAGCGCUGCCGCCGCGAGGGCGAGGGAUUCGUGGCCAAGGACAUGGUCGACGUGCUGCUGCAGGUCGCCAGCGAUCCUGAUCUUGAGGUCAAGCUCAACAGGGAGGGCGUCAAGGCUUUCACCCAGGACAUGAUCGCCGGCGGCACGGAGAGCUCGGCGGUGACCGUAGAAUGGGCCUUGUCAGAGCUCCUAAAAAAGCCCGAGGUAUUCGCCAAGGCGACCGAGGAGCUGGACCGCGUGGUGGGCCGAGGCCGGUGGGUGACGGAGAAGGACAUGGCGAGCCUCCCGUACGUGGAAGCCAUCGUGAAGGAGACGAUGCGGCUCCACCCGGUGGCGCCUCUGCUGGUUCCCCGCCUCUCCCGCGAGGACACGUCCAUCGGCGGCCACGACAUCCCCGCCGGCACCCGGGUCCUCGUCAGCGUGUGGUCCAUCGGCCGGGACCCGGCGCUGUGGGACAAGCCCGAGGAGUUCGCGCCGGAGCGGUUCCUGGGGAGCAGGAUCGACGUCAAGGGGCAGGACUACGAGCUGCUGCCGUUCGGGUCCGGCCGCAGGAUGUGCCCAGGGUACAGCCUCGGGCUCAAGGUGAUCCAGGUGAGCCUGGCGAACCUCCUGCACGGCUUCGCCUGGAGGCUCCCCGACGGCGUCACCAAGGAGGAACUGAGCAUGGAGGAGAUCUUUGGGCUGUCCACGCCCCGCAAGUCCCCGCUGGAGGCCGUCGUGGAGCCCAAGCUCCCGGCCCAGCUCUACGCCCAGGCUGCUUGAUUUGCUCGAUCGGCCCAAGGUUGUGUGUCGAGUUAUUUUGCGUGUGUCCUUAUAUCGUCCGUCGGUCUGUGGCAGGAUAAAGUGGAAUAAUAAUGAGGAAUAUACUAGUAUGGAGUAUGUAAGUCAGUAAGUGUAUGCUUGCUAUUUAUGGCCGUUCUUGAGUAUUGUAUGAUGGCACGCUCGCCGUGUACACCAGUGUUCCAAAUCACAAAGUUGCUCACGCGUGCAUGA